CUUCUUUUCUCGCCCGCCAUCCUCACAAGCUCUCUCUCACUACCAGCGCUUUCCCAUCCUCAUUCCUUGUGUAGGAUGCAACAUUGGGUCUUCAUAUCACCCAUUUAAUUCUCUUUGAUUUUCCCUUUUUUCUUUCUUUCUUUUCUUUUCCAGCUUUAUUUCCUGCGUCCUAAGUAUCGGUCGACGGCCUCCCGCGUGGCACCACCAUCGCAGCACUUGCCUCCAUCCGAGGCCAUCGACUUUCGGUAGUUCCCGCAUCCUGAAGCCGCACUCAAAACUGCUGCUGCCCGCAUCACCCCGGCUGCGGUCUCUGGCUCCCUUGCGGUGCCUUUUACUAGCGCAGUCCCAAUCCAUCCUUCCAACACCACUUUACCACCCCUCUAUACGCCAGUUCCAGCGAAAUCGCCCACACACAAUGACCUCCACCGACAUCAAGAUUCCGGCCCUCAUCGCGCGCAGCACGGGCUGCGCCCCUGAGGAGCCAAGAACACCGUCCAUUGCCCCUUCACUCACUUACUCUGACGAAUCAGAGGAUCAGGACGAGCAGCUGCCUCUGCCAGAGCCUCCCCGACGUCGUCGUGCGUCGACAAGGCUGAUUGCCCAGAGCUCCGCCGACAUUCAACGUAUCACUGGCGAGUCCACGGCCGAGCUGAUCCAGAGGUGUUGCGGUGGUGGCUGCUGCAUGAAACUCGGCGGCAAGAAAAAGGAGGGCAUUGAAUACGAGAGACUCCCCCAACCAGACAACGAUGCCUUUAGGUCGCUGGCCCUUAGGAUCGGCGAGACGCCUACCAUUCUCACCAAAACCAUCGACAUGCCCGAGCAGACAGUAUACUUCGAGCCGGUGCCUCGUGUUCUUUCCAGGUCGUCUCCCGCCGACUCGGCUGUUUCCCUAGGUGCCGACGGAGAUGCCGAUGCGACCGUCCUUGCGGCAGCGGCGCCCCCGUCACCGCAAACCGCAGUAUCUGCCGUGAAAGUAAAAGAUGUCGAUACGACUAUCCAACCGCCUAGCUUUGUCCAGCCACACCCCCCGCAUCAUGUCUUUGCGGCGCGUAUUGACACGGCCAGGGAGUUGACCAGGCCCGGUGCCGAGAAGAGGACGUACCAUUUCGACCUGGAUAUCUCCAGCUAUCCCGAGGAAGACGGCGUCGACUUCAAGGUCGGGGGCGCCAUCGGCGUCACGGCCCCCAACGAUGCAAGUCUCGUAGACGACGUGUUCGACGCCCUGCUGGUGCCUCGCUUCCUGCGUGACAAGCCUGUGCUACUCCGGACGACCAAGGGCAGGUGGCCUACCGUCUGGGGUGAGGACCAGGCACGAGAGCUCGUCACGACGCGGCGCGACCUGCUCACUUGGUGUUCCGACAUCCAGUCCUACCCCCCGACGAAGCCUCUGUUGAGAGUCCUCGCCGAGUUCGCAGAGGACGAGAACGAGAAGAAGCUGCUCGCGCUCCUCUGCUCCGCCGAGGGGCAGGGCGUCUUCUGCGACUUCCGCACCGGCCCUCACAUCUCGCUGCCGCAGCUGCUCCAGGCGUUCCCCAGCUCGCGCCCGCCCCUGGACGUGCUGCUGUCGGUCCUGCAGCCGCUGAUGCCGCGGUUCUACUCGCUGUCCAACGACCCGCACGAAUCGUUCAAGACGCGCGACGGCAAGGUGCACCGGCUCGUCGAGGUGGCGGUCACGGUGCACGAGACGGCGGACUGGCGGCGGGGCCAGCGCACGGGCAUCGGGUCGGGCUUCUUCGAGCGGCAGGCGCAGGGGUUCCUGGCGGCGCAGCGGCGCGGCGAGAAGAACCCGGAGUUCUACAUCCCCAUGUUCAAGGGCCUCAUGGCGAACCCGCUCGCCAGGCAGUUCGUCUCGGACGGGCCGAUGCUGCUGAUCGGCGCGGGGGUCGGCAUCGCGCCGUUCCGCGGGUUCGUGCAGCGGCGGCUCAAGACGGCCAACUGCGCCAACAAGGUCUGGGUGCUGCAGGGCAUCCGCGACUCGCUCGUCGACGAGAUCUACAGCGGCGAGUGGGGCGUCCACGAGGACGAGGUCAAGCGGGUGAUUCAGAGCCGGCGCGGCGAGAGCCGCUACGUGCAGGAAGAGGUGCGGAACCAGGCCGACCUGGUGUGGUACAUCGCCAAUGCCGUGGACGGUCGCAUCUUCGUGUGCGGCAGCAGCAAGGGCAUGGGGGAGGGCGUUGAAGAGGCGCUCGUGGACGUGGCUAUGAAGAAAGGCAACCUAGAGCGUGACGAGGCUCGGAGAUAUUGGGAGCUGAAGACGGAGGCUGGCCAAUACAUCGCCGAGACGUGGUGAGGAAUGUCAUGUUACACCACGUCUCGGUGCUUCGGCAGGCGUACGAUCUUGGUGGGGGGGUAUUACAACAUUAUGGGAAUCAACAACAACACGGAGUAUGGGAAGAGAAGUGGUGAUUUGUGGCUGGACUGCCGGUCGUUUUCUUUUCAUGAUUACUUUGUUUGCCUCAAGAGGAAUAUGGCUAGGGAGGCUCUCAGGAGCCAAAAUGGACGGCAUCUUCUAGGAGUUGUUUGAAGGAUAAAUCAGACAUGAGCUUUUGAUACUUUUUUUUUACUUUUCCCUUCUUUCUUAUUUUCUUUAAUUCAAUGUAUCUGUAUCGCCAAAGGUUGUUUAGUCUA